AAUUCCAAAGAUGCCUGCACUUUAAAUGAUCGCUAACCAAACUUUGAUUUCAUCGAAACUAAGCCAUUCUUAAACUCUCACCACCAACUCUUACAUUCAUAACUUUAAAUUCAUUGCACUUUCACCCCUUUUGUUCUCUCUCAAUAUUCGGCAUUGCAGAGGUUCUUCUUGAUUUAGGUUUCUGGAAAUGGCUGUGGCAGCGACUUCUGGGACACAAAUGACAGUGAUCAAGCCUUGUGUUUCGUCAUCUCCUAAAAAUUUUAUGUCUAGUAGAGCAAGUUUUAGGAUUGAUGAUCAAAAUGCAUCUUGGAAGAGGCUUGCAAGCUCUUCUCGGAUUGCGUCUGAGAAGCCAUCGCUCCAGAGCUUGACGGUGAGGCCUGCUAAAUCUGUUAAGUUUGUAACAAGAGCUAUGUCUGCAGAAAAUGAAAACAAGCCUCUACCAGGAUUGCCUGUUGAUUUGAGAGGUAAAAGAGCAUUCAUUGCUGGUGUGGCUGAUGAUAACGGAUAUGGUUGGGCAAUAGCAAAAGCUCUUGCAGCUGCAGGUGCCAAAAUUCUUGUUGGGACCUGGGUUCCUGCACUGAACAUCUUUGAAAGCAGUCUACGGCGUGGGAAGUUUGACGAAUCUCGCAUAUUACCAGAUGGAUCAUUAAUGGAAAUUACCAAAGUUUAUCCGUUGGAUGCAGUUUUUGACAAUCCCGAGGAUGUUCCUGAAGAUGUAAAAACAAACAAACGCUAUUCUGGGUCCUCAAAAUGGACAGUUCAGGAGGUUGCUGAAUCUGUAAAACAGGAUUUUGGUAGCAUUGAUAUUCUUGUGCACUCACUUGCCAAUGGGCCAGAGGUCAGCAAGCCUCUUUUGGAGACUUCGAGAAACGGAUAUCUUGCAGCCAUCUCUGCAUCAAGUUAUUCUUUUGUUUCUUUACUCAAGCAUUUCGUUCCAAUAAUGAAUCCAGGUGGUGCUUCAAUCUCUCUAACAUACAUUGCUUCUGAAAGGAUUAUUCCAGGAUAUGGUGGAGGCAUGAGCUCUGCUAAGGCUGCUCUAGAGAGUGACACACGUGUUCUGGCUUUUGAAGCUGGAAGGAAACACAAGAUCAGAGUCAACACAAUAUCUGCAGGUCCUCUUAGAAGUCGUGCGGCAAAAGCGAUCGGCUUUAUCGAUAUGAUGAUUGAUUACUCAUUAGAAAAUGCACCCUUACAGAAAGAACUAUCUGCGGAGGAGGUAGGGAAUGCUGCAGCCUUCCUGGCUUCACCUUUGGCAUCAGCAAUCACUGGCGCCAUUGUGUACGUUGACAAUGGCCUCCAUGCAAUGGGAGUGGGAGUUGACAGUCCAAUAUUUGAAAACCUUGACAUUCCAAAAGGUAAGCAAAGCUAGAACUUGAGAUGACUCUGAUUGUCUGGUGGGGUUACUGAAUUUUGAAUUAGAACAAAUAAUUAUUGUUCCUACUUGUAUUAUUUAUACCAUUUCAAUCCCCCAUUUGUGUCAUAUGAAUUGUGUUACUAAUUUUGCUUUCUGGGUUCUGUUGCAAAAUAGACCCUGUAAUGUUAUUGCAACGUUUAACUUAAUAUAUGGAACGCCAAACAUAUUGUGUGUA